CGGCCCUUGCCGUAUGCUCCCUUGUUGGCAUUGUCCCAUCGCGAGAUUGAGAGACUGCCUCGUUGGGAGGCUUUUAAAAGGCCUUGCUUUGGCGACAUUCCCGCACCAAACCCUUGUUACCCACCUAUUACCCCUCGGCCGACCUCGAACCCCCCCAAGUUACCACGUACAUUCCGAGUGGGGUUCCUGUUACUAUAUUGAUCAAAAUGACGAACGAACCGAUACACGACUCGACCACAUCCAAUGUGUUCGCGUUGUCGACCCAUGGGGCGCACAUGCAACACGCACCGGAAGAGGAGGCUGCGGCUGAGGCCGACGAACCCCCCGACGACCAGCGACCCCGUCGUGCCGCAACCCCAUUCAAGAGAAGUGCCGUCCGCAAAGUCCAGGACCAUUCCGAGUCGCUGUUGACGAAGGCCCUUCACCAUUCGGAGGAGGAACCCAUCCAUCUGAACUUCGACUUUUCCUCGAAGCGUCGGCCGCUGAACAGCAGCGCCAGUCUUGCAUCUACGGCUGACCUCACGAGCGACACCGGUUUCACCAGCCCUGCGCGCACCGUCACUCCCAGUCCUCCGCCACCCGUCAUAUCAUUGAAUUCAGACAUCUUCUUCAACUCGAAGCAGAAAAUCGCUCUUCCCCACCUUCAUACGACUGCGCCCGUGGCGACGUCGCGCGACCCCAUAGUCAACAAAGAGGGGCUAAAGGAUCCUGCCGUUGAAGCUUUGACCAGGAAGCGCUGCAUAUCGUUCGCAUGUGGCCCGAAGGCGGACGCGAAGAAGCCCGCAUCCCCUCCGCAGAUAAUUGAACCGAAGCCGGCGGCUGAUGAGCGGCCGCAGAGGAAAUCGUGUAUUAAAUGGGCAGGCCCGACGAACCCGGCUAGCCGGAUGUCGAAGCUUGACGGGCAGCAAUCGGUGAUCUCGCCAGCUCUCGGGGCGCCAAAGGCGAGGAGCGACUCUCCUGCUGCUGUGCGCAAGCUUCGGUCACCAUCAACUGGUCGCGGGCGAGCGUUGCGAUCGUCGACUCCUCGACCAUCCUCGCGAAGCCCGAUACCGGUUCGCCCGUCAAAGUACUUGACUGCGAACACGAAUGAUCUGAACUGCGAGUCGUCUCGUUUUCACGAGUUUGCUAGCGAUGAGCCGCAGGAGGAAGACUGGAUCCGCCUGAAUCUGCCACCAGCUGGUCGUCGUUUGACUAUUAAUGACACGCUGCAGAAGGAAAACGAGAUUCGACGGUUAGGGAAAGAAGCCGAAGAGGAAGAAUUGGAAGAAGAGGAGGAGUACGAAGGGGGGGAGGAAGAGGAAGAGGAAGAGGACCUCGGCGAAGACGACGAAGAGGACGAGGUCGGCCACGCCAAGUAUCUUCCCGAGGAGAAGGACGACGAGGACGAAUACAACUAUGAUUUUGACGACGACCAGUCAGGCUACAGAUCUGGCGAUGACGCAUCGGAUGGCUACAAUACGGAUAAUGAAAAUGGGUUUGCUGACUCGGACGACGAUGACGACGGCGGAAACCUAGAGCUAUGGACUCCUAGCCGUGUACCCGCCGCUCGUUUUCCCGGAGAGACACAUAUGUACCGUCGGCCGUCUCUAUCGGGCAACCGGUCCGACUCGUCCUGUUCGGACGUACCUAAUAACCGAUCAACGCGACCUCGCCGGAUACAUAUGCGCCCGGGCACGCCUGAACUGCCGGAUAGCACCGACUUCGUCUGUGGCACGCUGGACGAGGACCGCGCCCUGGAGGACGCUUACAUUUCAUGUAUUGCCGCUCGACGACGCGAAAAGCUUCAUCCAAUCCCCCAAGAUAUCGACCCCAGCUUCCCGACCUCGGAGCCGGAGGACGAGGAUGUUGAGCCCCGCAACCCGGUCCACGAGAGUGAUGGUCAUCGCUCCGAGACCGACCACGGAAGUGAACGGUGCAGGAGGAUUGACCUGACGUCGCCGAAGCGAUACCAUUCCCCUCCGCCUAAGCGUCACCACGCGUCGCCAAAAGCUCGGGGCCGCUCGCCUAAGCGACUCUUCGAUCGGCACUCGCCUCGUCGGCUCAUGUCACCACCUCCCGGGCCCAUGAUGCCGUCGCCCCCGUCGUCGCUAUUCCAUGAUGUCAGCCGCAGGGAACACGACUUCCAAAGUCUUGCCUUCCGACCCGGCUUGACGCACACAAAGUCCCUACCUCGCGCUCCAGCAGUGUUCCCCCAACACUUGAAGGCGCACCGCCGACCUGGCAAGUCUACGACUACGAACGGUCACGUACGGGGUGCUAUCGACAUCGUCAAGGGCCUCGAGCAGAAGCGUCAGCGCCGGAGAGAGAAGUUCAAGGAAAAAUAUCUCCAGAAGCACUGCAAUAAGGCGCGCAAGGGCCAGAUCCCCGAGAAAAAACCGCAGCCCGGCCAAGGUGCGGAGAGGAUGAGGGAGAUCGGUCUCCUCAUGGCGGGUAAGCUAGGCCCGGACCAGUUCGUCCUGUCCAUUUAGGUGGAGGCCCGGCUGCGCAGCUGCAUCUUGCCGCUAGCGACCACUCUCGGUGUUUUCACCAUUCGUUGCAUUUAUUUUUUAUUAUUAUUAUUACUGGCGCACUCCAUGCCUGAGCUUCUAGGGAGCUUGCUGUUGUACAUAGUUAUGUGUCUCUU